AUGGUUGAAUCCGAUGUCGUAUCCGUUUGGAAUGAGGUUAUUAGAAAUUAUACCUGCAACUGCUACUUAGUCCACCUGCUCGCUGUUGCUUCGCUCUUGGGCAAUGCGGCGGCUGGGCCCUGCAAGUCUUCGAGGACUCUCACUCUGUCUACUUCUACCACUGAGGAUUUUAGUUCAACCACUUCCAGAGUCACCUCGUCAAUCGUUGUUGAUACUACCUUGUCGCUAACGCUGGACACAGCACUAUCGAGUGUUACUGAAGAUUUCUCUCUAUCAACUGUAUUUGACUAUGGCUCAACCUCGACCGACAUUACUUUGUCAACGUCAACUGAUGAUGCUUCAUCAUCUACGACCAAUACCUCAACGUCUUGGACAACAUACGCCAAGGCUGUAUCAACUACUGAGACUACAAGUUCUGUCGAAACCUCCUUGAGCAUGACUGAAAUUUCUACAACUACUCAAGAAUUCUCCACAGCAACUGCUGAAGCCGCAACUACUACUGAAGCCACAAUCACCACAAGCGACGCACCCGCAAUUGAACCUACCUUUGCUCUUCAGGUUGCCAACUCAGCCCAGCAGAGCGUCAACGGCAAAAGGCCCCGCUACAAAAAGGGCUCUAGUGGCAACGUUAUCUACCUAACGGUGUCUGCGGCGCUGGAGAAUAGCUACGUGACGGGUGACUUCCACCUCGAGGCCUCUACGAACCGCCUCAUGGUUGGAGAUAUGUACACUGCGAUUGGCGCAGCAUCUGCAGCCAUCCUCUUUGCCGAGACUGCCGACGAUGUUGCCUCAAGAAACCACCUCUAUAUUUCAUGUAAUCCACUUGUGCAACUAGGGCAGAAGCUGGAAUGUGUUACUGAAACGGCAUUUGCUGACACUUGA